GAUAAGGAAGCACACAGUGGAGUUUUCUUGCCUGCGAGGUUCCACUUAAAUGUCCAGUGUCUUUGUCCAAUCUAAGCGAUGAUGAAGGAUUUGUGAUGACAUGGCUGUAGUCCUAAGACAGUCGUUGAAGCAAUUUGGUGUGUCAGAGUGUCAGAGAACUGGGAGUGUUAAGAACGCUGAAAGACAAACAGAAAAAGAAAAGUCUAAUUACAGCAACCGCACAUCUAGACUGUACUCUCAGCAGCGUGAGCAUCCGAUCCCAAAGCAAUGCCCCGCAGUGUCUCGCUGAAAUUUCCCAGGGGGACAAACUGUGGGUGAUCUGAAGGGAAGAGGCGCACGACUGAGGCAAUGAAUGCAGUGGAGAGCACUGAGCAGAGGCUUGGACAGAGCCGCACCACCACUGAGCAGGGCUCUAGGAAUAUGGGAAACCCCAGUACCAAUACUGAGAGUGACUCCAGGAGCAUUGCCAACUGCAACACCAGCAUGGAACAGGGCUCCACGAACACACGCAACCCCACCAACAGCAGCAAUCAGAGCUCAAGGAUCACAGGCAAGUCAAACAGCAAUGCUCAAAGGGGUUCCAGGUGCGUGGGCAACUUUAACACUAACACUGAGAAAGGCUCGAGGAACACAGUGAACCAGAACUCUGGUGCUGAACGAGGGUCCAAGAACAUGGUAAAUCCCAACACCAGCACAUCAAGAAACAUGAGCAACACCAACAGACAGGUCUCAUCAAAAGUGUCGGCCCAACCACAAAACAGCAAUGUCCUGCAGUUGAGGCUCCAGCAAAGGAGGACGCGUGAGCAGUUAGCAGACCAGGGCAUCAUGCCUCCCCUGAAGAGUCCAGCUGCAUUCCACGAGCAGAGGAAAAGUCUUGAACGCUCCAAGACUGGAGAUUAUUUAAAGCAUAAAAUCCGAAGUAGACCAGAGAAGUCAGAGCUGGUUAACAUGCACAUUCUACAAGACUCGGCCAACGAGGGCCCCGCUCAAGACUCACAGAGCAAACUUAAACGUGCCCGACUUGCUGACGACCUUAACGAGAAAAUCGCUCUGAGACCAGGUCCGUUGGAAUUGGUUGAGAAGAACAUCAUACCCGUAGAUUCAACUGUUAAAGAGGCUGCUUUAAAAGUGAAUAAUGGGAAGUUUCCAAAGCAAGAGGACUCAUAUGCAUUUGAGGAGGACAGCAGCAGUGAGAGCAUGUCUCCGGAACAGCCCCUUAGUGAUGAGUCCCAGAGCUCAGCCGGGCCUUUGGCAGAGAGCAAGGCCAGUGGUGGCAUUCCAUCCCCAUCGCUGACUACAGGCUCUACACAGGGGUCACAAACCAGAGAAUCAACUAUUCAAAACCAAGAAGAAGGUCCACCUGUGACAAACAGCCAGACAGCUCCACCCAUUCCUGUCCCUGCAAUAAUAAAGUCCAAAACAUCAGACAAGAAUCGUCAUAAGAAGCCCAAAGAUGUUAAGCCGAAGGUGAAAAAGCUGAAGUACCACCAGUACAUUCCGCCAGACCAGAAAGCAGAAAAAUCUCCUCCUCCAAUGGACUCAGCCUACGCCCGACUACUACAGCAACAGCAGCUCUUCCUGCAACUGCAGAUUCUCAGCCAGCAGAAGCACCAGCAGCAGAAUCAUUCACACCAGUCCCAGUGUCCACAAAGCCAGAGCUUUAGCUACCAGCCUGUACACCAGCAUCUGUCAACCAAGCAGACCAGUGAACAGCAAACACCAUGCAAUUCCAAUGCUGCCACAAGUACAGAAAGUAGCAGCUCUUCAUCUCCUGUAAAGACCACAUACUGCAACACAUCUAACAUGACUCCAAUCAGACCUGGGCCUCUGCCUGCUAACCUUGAUGAUCUAAAGGUGUCUGAGCUUCGGCAGCAACUGAGAAUACGAGGUCUCCCAGUAUCAGGCACCAAGACUGCCCUCAUAGAAAGGCUGAGGCCCUAUAAAGACUCUAGCUCUACUUCUCCCUCCAGCUCUGGAGAUAUCACGACUGUGACCUUCCCAGUGACCCCCACUGGCUCACUCUCCUCCUACCAAUCGCCAAGUUCUUCAAUGUCCCACGUAGGGGGAUAUUACCCAUUCUGCAGUACUACAUCCACCCCACCCAUCUCUCCUGCGUCCUCUGAGCUGUCUGUAAAUGGCUCUCUUCCUGACAGUUUUAGCGAUGUCACUAUGUCCUCUCCGCAGUUUGGCCUGCAGCCAUCGCCAACUCAACUGAGUGCAGAGGACAACCAGAACUUGGGAAACUGCCUGCAUGGUGAACCAGGCCUGGACACUGAGAAGGACAAGAUGUUGGUAGAGAAGCAGAAGGUGAUUGAGGAGCUGACCUGGAAAUUACACCAGGAGCAAAGGCAGGUGGAGGAGCUACGGAUGCAAUUGCAUAAACGGAAGAACAGUCAUGGCCUACAGGAGCCAGUGCAUUUGCAGCCCCCAAGCCAGAUGCAGCACUUCUUUGGUGUGUCUAUCAAACAAGAGCAUGUGGCCUCUAGCUGUCCAAUGGCCUCCAAGCAGCCAAAGAAUGGGCCCCCAAACAGCUGCAUGGAGCCAAUGGGACAUUGUGGUCUAGGUGGUGGACUACGGAGCCUAGACAUGCCCUCCUCUAGAAGUCCUUCUGGUCUCCCUGCCUAUCUUAGCCCCCAGUGCUCUCCUCAAGACUCACCAGUAACCAAGAACUCAAGCAGCCCACAACCCAACAGCCUGCCUGCCUCUCCUAGUCAUCCAUUUCUGCUCACACCUCCCCUGGGUAGGGACAGCUGCCCUCACAGUGGAGCCAGACCACAUCCCAUGCAGCUCCAGCAGAAGAAUGUUGCUCAGUCAGUGAGCUGCACCUAUUCACCUGACCAGAGAAGUAUGCAGCCAGUGUACCCAAGCAAUGAGAAUAACCUAAACCCCAGAGGGUCUUCUAAGGCCAAAAGUCCAAACAUGCAGCAAAAGAUGGCAAUAUUACACUCUCCCAGGCACAUUGGCCAAAAGUGCGCCACCUCCACCACUACCUUCUGUAGCUCAGACUCUACUGCAUCUGCCAUUAAACAGCCCCCAUGCUAUGAGGAUGCAGUGAAGCAGCAGAUGACCAGAAGUCAGCAAAUGGACGAACUCCUUGAUGUCCUUAUUGAAAGUGGAGAAAUGCCAGCUAACGCCAAAGAAGAGAGGUCCCCUGUAACCAAAGUUGUGCCUCACCUUACAGUUUCACACGGCAAUACUGCCACCGGUGCCACGUCCGUGCCAAAGUUCCACCGCCACUACAGCCACAUUUCCCCCGCCGAGGUGCCAUAUGAGCAUGCUACAGGGCACACCGAGUGCCAACUGGAGGUGCUUCUGAGCCCCGUAAGCCGUCAUGGUGACAUCAUCCCUGUCAAGUUGGGCACUGACGAGAGCCAGCUUGAGGAAAUAGGAGACUCCUACCCAGGUCAUCACCAUGACGACAAGCUGCUCAGCAACAGGGACAUGAUGGACACGCCUCUGUCUCCCAUGGCCACCAAGGUCUCACCAGUGCCCACGGAUGGCCAAGGGCUUGGCAUGACGUUCUCCGAGUCACCAUGGGAAAGCAUGGAGUGGUUGGACUUAACUCCACCCAGCUCAGCCACAGCAUUCAGCAGCAGCAUGGCUCCAUCAGCACCCAGUAUCUUCAACACAGAAUUCCUGGAUGUGAGUGACAUUGGACUGAACUCAGCCAUGGACCUGCAUCUUGAGCACUGGUGAAAUCAUCCAGGAAGCUUCAUUAGAUAAAUCAUACAGCUAGGUAUAUAAUGAGCAGUAACACAAAGCACUUCUCAUCCAAAUUUUUUAAUGACGUGGUUUUCCACAAGACGCACAGACAGCAGCUAUGGGCUGACCUGUUAAUCAGUCAAUAUUUUCUUCCUAUAGUUUAACUCAGUUAAAAAAAAAAAAAAAGCUUGUACUGGUCCAAAACUUGAAAAUUCAUUGGACUUUAUAUAGUGGGAAAGAAUUACUGGAAAUAAUAGAAACCAAAUAAACCAAAUCCAUUCAAAGUAAACAUCUAAAAUAAAUUCAACAGCAUUUGCAAUCCAUUUGUAAAUAUUACACUACUGCUUCAAAAGUCUUUCCUGCACGUGGUGUGUGGCGAAACACUUCUGAAGUGCUCACACAAAACCCCCCAAAUCACCACCACAUGUAUUCUAAUGUGCUAUUGUAAAUAUUCAUUAAUGCUCACACUGCACCUUGAGUAGUAUAGUACUUUGUCACAUUUGGCUUGACGUAUAUUUUUGGACAGCAUGUAAUUUUUCUAUGUUCUAUCAUUUCAAUAUUUUCUGUUUCAUCCCCAUUUUAUUUUUUAAAAUCAUUUUAAUUUAUUUAGACAACUGAGAUACAAUGUAGUUGUAUCAGAAUAUAUCUUUAUCUAUAAUGUGAGAGUAUGUCUUAGUUGCAAGUCCAUGGAUUAAAUACAAACAUAAACAAACAUGCUAAAUUUACAGGCAACUCAACAAUGACAACGUGCCACCUUUGACUUUUAUUCCCUUAAUGAAUGACUACAUAUAAAACUUUAUAGGCAUGUGGUACACAUCUUCAACAUGUUUUUUCUUUGUAAAAAAAUAUGUUACGUUUACAUUUCGCUCACUGCUUGCCCCUAUAUGAAAGAUUCCAUUUUUAUUGGAGUUUCUAUUACGACUAAUAAUAUUGACGCGUGACCCAUUUGCUAUCUUGGAAGACGUCACAUCUCAGAUGUAUUUAUUUGGACAUUUGGAUAUUUGCAUAGAUGUAUUUAUACAGAAGAUAUUUAUGAGACAUUCCUUUGUUUAGGAACAGGAUAGAGGAAAUGCAUACCCUCACAAAAGAGAUUAAUGAAAUUCAUAGUUGGCCUAGGAAUAUCGGACUCCCGAGCUUUAUUUUUUAUACAGAAUUGUAAUACAAGCUGUUGCAUUCUCAGAUGCAUUUUUUGUGUGUCUUAAAAAUGACCUAAACAUGAAUAUAUAUUUUAUAAGAGAAAAUAUUUUGAAAAGACACUAUUAUAGAAAUUUUCAAACGUCACAAUGAGACAUAUUCAUUAAAGUCAUUCAUUAAAAACUAGGGAAACA